GCCACGCCGAGCCCAGGCGGCUGCGCGGCAGGAAUCUGCGCUGAAGGCCCUGGGGACAGAAGGCCUUUUCCUCUUUUCUUCCUUGGACACUGACCAGGAUAUGUACAUCAGCCCCGAAGAGUUCAAGCCCAUUGCCGAGAAGCUGACAGGGUCAACGCCUGCAGCCAGCUACGAGGACGAAGGGCUGCCCGCUGAUCCCAGUGAAGAGACGCUCACCAUAGAAGCCCGAUUCCAGCCUCUGCUCCUGGAGACCAUGACCAAGAGCAAAGAUGGCUUCCUCGGGGUCUCGCACCUCGCCCUGUCCGGCCUCCGCAACUGGACGACCGCAGCCUUGCCAAGUGCAGUGUUCGCCGCGCGCCACUUCCAGCCCUUCCUCCCCCCUGCGGGCCAGGAGCUGGGCGAGCCCUGGUGGAUCAUCCCCAGCGAGCUGAGCGUCUUCACUGGCUAUCUGUCCAACAACCGCUUCUACCCGCCGCCACCCAAGGGCAAGGAGGUCAUCAUCCACCGGCUCCUGAGCAUGUUCCACCCUCGGCCCUUCGUGAAGACCCGCUUUGCCCCUCAGGGGGCCGUGGCCUGCCUGACGGCCAUCAGCAGCUUCUACUACACUGUGAUGUUCCGGAUCCACGCCGAGUUCCAGCUCAGCGAGCCGCCUGACUUCCCCUUUUGGUUCUCCCCUGGCCAGUUCACCGGCCACGUCAUCCUCUCCAAAGAUGCCACCCACGUCCGUGACUUCCGGCUCUUCGUGCCCAACCACAGGUCCCUGAACGUGGACAUGGAGUGGCUGUACGGGGCCAGCGAAAGCAGCAACAUGGAGGUGGACAUCGGCUACGUACCCCAGAUGGAGCUGGAGGCCACGGGCCCCUCGGUGCCCUCCAUGAUCUUAGAUGAAGACGGGAACAUGAUCGACAGCCACCUGCCCUCGGGUGAGCCCCUCCAGUUCGUGUUUGAGGAGAUCGAGUGGCAGCAGGAGCUGAGCUGGGAGGAGGCCGCCCGGCGCCUGGAGGUGGCCAUGUAUCCCUUCAAGAAGGUCACCUACCUGCCGUUCGCCGAGGCCUUCGACCGAGCCCAGGCCGAGCACAAGCUGGUGCACUCGAUCCUGCUGUGGGGGGCCCUGGAUGACCAGUCCUGCUGAGGUUCGGGGCGGACUCUCCGGGAGACGGUCCUGGAAAGUUCGCCCAUCCUCGCCCUCCUUAAUGAGAGCUUCAUCAGCACCUGGUCCCUGGUGAAGGAGCUGGAGGAGCUGCAGAAUAACCAGGAGAACGCGUCCCACAAGAAGCUGGCCGGCCUGCACCUGGAGAAGUACAGCUUCCCCGUGGAGAUGCUGAUCUGCCUGCCCAAUGGCACUGUGGUAGGCGCCCCGGCCCCCGCCUGGGCCAGGCACCGCAGGCUCUAACGCUUCCUGGCUGUGAAGUCCCCAGCUGGCCUCCUAACCCGGUUGGGCCUCGGUUAUCGCGUCUAUGAAUAGGAAUCGUGAUGUGGGAGUUGUGCUUGGGGACUAUGCAUCAGUGAGCGUUGUCCAGUAGCACGGCCCACACAUCCCCACGUGACACAGGCUCCGUGGACGGAAACGUGGCCCAGAAGGGAAGCCCUGGGAUGGAAGGAGAGGGA